AUGGUUUUUCAAUUCUGGAACAAUACUCGAUUAUUUGUUCAACUCAUAUCAUUAUGUUGUUUAACUCUCCUUCAAAUCAACUCUCAAAUUUUUACAUUUACUGUAAUUUGUAUGGAUGAUAUAAAAAUGAAUCAUACCGGAGAAAAUCAACAUUGGAUUGACAGUAAUUCGGAUAAAAAUAUAUUAUUUAGUGCAACUGCAGUUGGUGCACUUUUUGGAAUUAUUCCAGCUGUUCCACUUUUGCAUAAAUUCGGAGUUCGAAAAAUUCAAACCCUUUGUGGUAUAUUUUCAUCAAUUGGAACUAUAUUAUUCCCAUUUUCUGUUGAUUAUACUGGUUAUUUUGGAGUUAUGAUUUGUCGAGUUUUACAAGGAUUUGGAAUCAGUAUACUUCUAACAUUGAUUGGUGUGAUACCUAGAUCUUGGUCUCCGGAAGAUGAAGUUGGAACUUAUCUUGCAAUUUUAUCAUGCGCCUAUCAAAUUAGUAGUACAAUAUUUCUAUCAUCUGCUGGAUUUAUGUGUGAAUCUUCCUUGAGCUGGAGAUUUAUAUAUUAUUUGUUUGGGUUUAUUAGUGUUUUGUUUUUCGGAAUAUUUUAUGUUUUCUACACGGAUUCUCCAAAGUCCCACAGGUCAGUAUUUGUUAUUGAUGGCCAAAACUUCAUAUAUCAAUUUAUUAAUUUUUAGAAAUGUAUCAAUAAGCGAACUCCAAAAAAUCGAGACUGGAAAAAAAGAAACAGCCAAGGAAAAAGUUCCAUAUUUUGCAAUCUGUACAGAUCUUUGCAAUAUAAUUGCAUGGAUUUCUUUUCUUGGUGGGAACUUGGGAUAUACAACUUUUCUAUUAUACGGACCAACCUAUCUUCGAGAUAUUUUGAAGAUGGAUGCAAAAACAGCUGGAUUAUCAAAUGGUAUUCCAUAUUUGUUUUGUGCAAUUAUAAAACUUGUAGUUGGAAGAGUUUCAGAUAAAUUACCAGGAAUUAGAGAAAAGGUAUAUUUCAAUAUGAUAACUACAGUAAUCAUAAUUUUGGAAAAUGAUUUCAGACUCGUUUCACUUGUUGGCUAUUCAUUUCCGUGAUUGGAAUAGUCAUUGGGAUGUUAGUAAUGGCAUGGACUGAUGAUCAUUUGAUUGCACAAGGUGGAUUCACAUUUUCAAUAGCUACAUCUGGUUUAGUUAUAAUGGCAGCAAUUAGAUGUCUUCAGCUUCGAACUCUUCAACAUUGUCAUUUUGCAGUUUCUGUUAUUUCAUUUCUUGCCUAUGUUGUUCAAUUUAUCAUUCCUCUUGGUGUUGAUUUUAUCUGUCCAGAUAAUACACCUCAACAAUGGUCAAAACUAUUUAUUGUUAUAUCAAUUCUUAUGAUUUUAACAAGUAUUCCAUUUCCAUUUAUAACAACUCAAAAUGCUGGGAAAUAUACGAAAAAACAUUCAAAAAUUGAUAUUAUUUCUGAUGAUAAAUUAUAA